CAAAUUAAAAUAGAGGGAGAUUCCCCUGUAAGCUAUAUAUUGUGCUCAGUCAGUUUGGAACUCUCCAUAAGAAAUAAAAAACCGCAGAGAACCCUAAGACAGUGGGCAAUUUCCCAUUUCCCAAAAUGAGUACUAUGAAGUUUUGCCGCGAAUGCAACAACAUUCUGUAUCCAAAGGAGGACAAGGAGCAGAAGAUUCUCCUCUAUGCUUGCCGCAACUGCGAUCACCAGGAAGUUGCUGAGAACAACUGUGUCUAUAGAAAUGAGAUACACCACUCUGUUGGAGAACGUACUCAAGUAUUGCAUGAUGUAGCUGCAGAUCCAACUCUUCCUCGGACGAAAGCUGUACGUUGUGCUCAGUGUAACCAUGGAGAAGCUGUCUUCUUUCAGGCAACUGCUAGAGGCGAGGAGGGGAUGACACUGUUUUUUGUUUGCUGCAACCCCAACUGUGGACAUAGGUGGAGAGAUUGAUUUUGUGUUGGGCUGUAAACAGUGUUUGGUCUGAUCAACUGAACAUGUAUUUUUAAUCAAAGUAUGGAUUUUUCAUGGUUA